AUAAAUUUGAAAUAAGAAAACCAAAUGGAGGAAGAGAACGAGAUUGAUUACAAGCCGAAGUAUGACAAGGAGUUUACUCGAAGACUGAAAAUGCCAAAGACGGAGAUAUCAGAUAUAAAGAUAAACCCAGUGGAUCCUACCUAUUUUUAUGUGUUCAAGAUUCAGACAGUUGAGAAGGAGGCCAAGAUCAUUAAUUACACUGCGACUGAGGAUAAAUUUUAUGAUAGAAUGGCUGAAGUCAGGGAGCAAGAAAGAGAUAGUGAAGAUAGCGACUUUGAUUCAGAUGAUGAUGCUAUGAGUGGAGACCUGUUUGAGAAAACAUUGGCUUAUAUGAGAAAUAAUAAGAUAUAUAGUGUUGGCAAGGAUGGAAAAGCAAAGGAAAAUCUUGAUACUGGAAUUCAGGGUGCUGGACAAGACCUCAACAAGUUGCUCUCUAAUAGAGCAAUGUCCCGCAUUGAUGGGGCAACCAAUCAAUCUAGAGGGGGUAUUCGUGUCAGAACUAAGACAAAUUUAAAGAACCUUGUUCCAGGAUUUGGAACUAAGAAAGGCCCUAAACCAGUUAGUGUGAUUAUAGAGGAGAGUGGUGAAGGUGGAAGCAAUAGCCUUUCUGAAAAGACUCCUUUGGAGAGGUAUAGUGAAUCGGAUGAAGGCGAAGAAAGUGAAGAGAGCGAAGAGAGUGAGACUCCAGAAUCCUCUGGCCAACAAGCCAGCAACGAAAGUAGUGAAGAAGAAGAGUAUGAUGGAAGCAGCUCUGAAGAAGAUGACGAAGGCGGCAGUAGAGAUAGCAAACAUUUCGAAGGCGGAAACUCUGACAAAAGCUCAGUUGAGGAGCCUGUCGGUGGACUAAACCCACAAAGUCGAGAAGUGAGAGUUAAUGAAGACAGUAAAGUUUUGGAAGAGGAAGCUAAAAGGAACCAAAUGGCUACUGAAGAGCCCAUGGUUGGUAGUGAUGAGCAUAUUCAUCGUGAUAGCGAUGUUCCUUUGAAAUCUAAGGAUAAUGCUGAUUCUAAGAAAGAAAAGGAUGGUAUUUUGAGCAACCUGAAGAAUCCUUUGGAUAUGGGCAAAGGAAAAUCAAGCAAGAAUCAAAAAGAUGGAGAUGCCAAAGAAGCAGAGGCAGCAGCUAAUCAAGACCAACCUGAGCAGGAUGAUGACCAGAUUGAUAAGAAUGCUAUUGAGUCCUAUGAAUUCGAGCGUAUUAGAUCUGAAAACUCAGGAAUGGUGAUUAAAAAGUUUAGAAAUGUACUCAUGUGCUGUAAAUUUGAGCAAUAUGGGUAUUCUAUCAAGCAGAAGCUCUAUGCCGAUGAGAUGGGAAAUGAUGUCCAAGGAGAAUUCAAAUUCAGUAGUAGGAUGGUAUUCUCUUCAUGUGGUCAAUACUUUGCUACUUAUACUGGAAACAAAUAUAUUAUCUAUCAAGCUAAGUCUUUGAAAAUGGUCAAGACUUUUGAGCUUGAUAAUUUCGUGGAAGAUGUUGAAUAUUACUAUGGCAAUGAUGACAACAAGUUCCUUUCUUCAGAUGCCAAAUUUCUCGCAUCUAAAAACUACAGCUCUAUUUUCGUCUACCGUGCAUACUCUAAUGAUGGUGGUGAGCAAGUAUCGCAGUAUACCAAUGGAAAUGUAACUUUCCAUGGAUUCAUGAACUCAAGUUAUCUCAUUGGAGUAGUGAAUGAAAUAGAUACUUCUUAUAUCACUAAAGUUGAUGUUACUAAUGAAGAGUUCCGCUUGGAAAAGAUCAAUGGGUCUUACUAUGAUGAAGACAUCACACAGUUCAUAAGUAAUAUUAAGUUCAACCCCAAGGGUAAAGCAUGUGCCUUUGUGGUAAACGAGAACGUUCUGUAUUUCCUCGACCUAAGCAGGCGGAACUCUACUCCUCAGAAGGUCCUGGAGAGAUUCGAUAGGAUUAUCUAUGAUGUAGACUCUGAUAGGAUCUCCAUGGCUUAUAUGCAGGAUAAUCAGGGCUACAUCGCUUUGUACAAGAACGUAUUCAUGUUCAGAAAGCGCUAUGACAACUUUUACAAUCUGCAUAGUAUUGAUUCUGAUGAUAACAACGAAAUUAUUUAUAUUGAGGGUUACGGUCCUUAUAAGACCAUCCACACUUUUGAUGAGCAUAAUUCUAGUACUAUUAAGUUCGAACCCAAGAUAAGAUUCCAUUACCCUUUCGUAUUUUAUGAGUAUGAGAGAAAUGAGCUGUGGUUCCAGAAUAUCGAGGAGAAGGACAUCAUUCAUAGAUUCGUCUUUGUUAAUACUGUCUCUGCUCUGAACUGUAUUGAUACUGUAAACACAGGAUUCUGCUACCAAAAUGCUCCAAAAUUGUUCAUUAAGCUAAUUCUAAGUUUUGAAGCAGACCACAAAAUAGCAUAUUUGGAUAUUGAUUUUGACGCAGACGAUUACGAUCUAGAAGAAGGAGAUAAAAUAUUGUCAGCAAAUGUGACUAGGUACACAAAAUCUAUUAAAUUCACUGAGUUGCCAAAUGCAGACAUCCUGUCGUUCAUCGAGAUGACUGGUAAAAAUGAGAAGAACCUGACUGAGACUUGUUUCUUGUUCCACUUCCCUAGCCAGUUGAAGUUGUAUUUCUUCAAGUCAGGGAAGAUUAAGAAGAGCUUUGAGAAAAUCUAUCAGAGGCGGAACAUCGUCAGUUUCAACAAGCGGACUUUCUUUUGGGAAGACAAGGGCAGGUAUAUCGAGCGGAUGGAAAAUGACAUAUCCAAAGAUGAGAAGCACUACUUCUAUAAAGCAUAUGAUGCUAAGAAUGUGAUGAAGAUGUGCAAAAAGAUUGAUUACCACCGGCACAAGGAAUGUCUUCUAGUCUGUGAUGAAGACAAGUUUGUCAAAAUCCUCUCAUAUGACGAAGGAAAUAAGAAGUUUGAUGUGGAAAAGGAAUACUAUGUGAAUGAGAUGUUUGGACUCUAUGAGGACCUUGAUGCCCUCAAUACAUACUAUUUGGCCAAAGGAAUGCUGUAUAAGAAUGAUCAGACUUAUCUAUUGCAGGAAAGAGGGAAUGAGAAGGUUUCUAAUUGUGUCUCUAUUAAUGAGCCAGCGAAUUUCAGGUAUAACACUCGCCAGUUCCCUCUGGUGUCUAACAGUCAUAUUAUCAAAUCAAUGGAGGAUUACACUUACUCUGGUAAGAACGAGUUCUACAUCUGUUCUCCGUACAACUCCAAUAAAAUCCCCAACGUGGAGCACUACAUCCUUGGCUUGGAGUGGUUCUCGCCCGACCAGAAGGACAAGAUAAUCCGUGUAAAACUUCUACACGACUACCAGAUAAAUAUAUCGCUUAAUACAGCUAAUGGAGAUGUUUUGGAGACUUUUCCAGUUUAUUAUUAUGCAGAGAAUCUUGAGAUCACACCGAGCCAGGACGGGAGAUAUUUGAUGAUUUAUAGUCAGGAUGGGAAUGAUGAGGAUAAGGAUCCUAAGGUCAAUUGGAAAGCGUAUGAGAUUUGUAUUAGGGCACCUGAUGAAGAGGGUAAAGCUGAGAGGAGAGAGAAGGAUGAGAAUGGGUUUGAUAGGAUAAAUGAGGAAGAUACUAAAGAGGGAAGUUCAGGGGCGAGGAAAGAUGUGUUUGAGGUUAUAGAAAUUAGAUCUGGAACUGUUGAAGCACACUUUGAUGGAAUCCUUUUUGAUGAAAUCAAAAUGGCUAUUCUUAACACUGGUGAUAUGGUAGCUGCUCACAUGGAAACAAAGACUCUCAUGUUCAACAAACACAACUUCUACGACCGAGUCAGUGGAGCCAUCCUCAACCACUCAGACGGACUCAGCCGUAACGAUGACACUGGUGGGUUCCGAGUCGACUCUGACGAUGUGAAGAUCGGCCAGAGCUAUAUCCUCAUGAAAUUCGCAAGCUCCUUGGUGUCAUUCAGGUUCGAAGCAGACCCAGAGCACCCUGACCGUCCACCUUCCGUGCACUCGUUCAAGAAGCUCGGAGCCCAGAUGGUGACAGAAUACAAAGGCAUCGAACUCGACGACAUCAUCAUCACAAGUCACCCAAGCAAAGUCCUGCUUAAGUACAGCUUCGAAGAAGUCAAGGGAGCUGCCGAGAAACACAACAUCUUGGUCUGGGACAUCGAGAAAGACGAAGAAAUGUCAAGUUUCACUUCCAGAGACAACGACGAGUUUCUGUUCUAUGUGUACUGUCCCAUAGAAGAAGUCACAGAGAGCAUUCUUCAUCGAGCUUCUACUGGAGACAAGUACAACCGAGACCCCAAACUGGCGAGAAAACUCAAAGCCGAAGCCAAGCGCAAACAAGCUAGCAAUCGCAGACAAGUUUACCAAGAAGAUGAACCAGAAGGAGGCCAAGACGCUGAUGCUGCUGGCGAAGGAGACCAAGAGCAAGACCACGAAGACGAGCCUGCAGACGCUGAAACCUCAGACCGCUAUCGGGUCUCUGAAACUGGCUACUUAGUCUUCGACCAGUACUAUGUCAACCUAGACUCCAUGGUUCCGAGUCCGUUCAUGCAGUUCGAAGGAGAAGACUUAGCCAGAGAACAUUACCAGUUCGGCCCCAAAAUGAACUUUGAUGAGUCGCUUGCUGUUGUUAACGGCAAAGCCAUUUCAGCCUUCAGCUACCUCGACAUCGAGUUCCGAUCCAAGAGACAGAUCUAUCACGGAAAUCCGAGCAUUUGCAAAUACUUUGUCAACGGAAAGUCCAUUGUUUCUGACUACAUUCUUGAAGACGAGAAGCUCGAAAAAGUGCUCGAGUUCUUAGAAGAAGACCCAAUCUACUUGCUCAUGAUUCUGACUCCAGACUACAAGAACAAAACGCCUCUUGACGAGGCCAUCGAGAACAACUCUCCGAAAGUUGUCGAAAUGCUACUCGGCUCCAUCCUCAAGCUCGAAGGCUUCAAGCUGUCGAACUCGUUCAAACACAGAUUCCUCGAACUCUUCGACAUGGGUGUCGAAGCCUUCCGCCAGUACAUCAGUCUGUGCUACUUCAGGACCGGACAAAUGGAGUUUAUGAAAUAAAAUGUCUACCAGCAGCGAAGGCCAGAUUUUCAGGCUGCCCAGCAGGUCUUCCGUGCUCGGCAACAAGUUCAACGACAGGUUCCUUAAAGAAAAGAGGAAAGAAGUCCUUGAGUCUCCUGAACUCAGAAGAGCCAGAACCGCCAAAGAACUCGAGGCCAAUCAAGUUGUCAAUGGUGACGAAGACCAGUCUAAAGACGACGAAGACUGAGACUCCGAGACCCUUGAAAGUGACCUCUCGCUCUUCGAAAUGGGCAUCCAAGAAAACCUUGAUUAUUUCGAACUCUUCAAGAAGGAAACUCGAAUUGAAGUCAAAGGCAUCGAGUUCGACUGGAUCUUGAAGUCACACGAAGGAGAAAUGUUCCUCGAGAAACUCAAGAAGACUGAAACUCUUGAGUAUUUCGAAAUCGACCUGAUCAAAGACAUCAUUUACUUCCAGUGGCAGUACUUCUUGCCUCGGAUCCUGGUGCUCAUCUUCGCUCCGUUCUUGGUGUACUUCAUUUCGUUCGUGCUGUACUGCACCUGGAUCCUCGACCAGAAACACAACGAGGCCAACGACGAUGGAGGCUGGCACGUGGCUGCACUGACAAUGGGCAUUUGCAUUCUGGUGUACCAGCUCUGGUUCGUGUACAUCAACAUCAUCCACUUCAACUCCACCUACAACAAUGUACUGGACGUGCUCUCGAUGCUGCUGAACACAUCAGUGAUCAUUUGUGAUCUGGCUGGAGCAGCCAAAGUAGACAUAAAUGCAGUGGCAAGUGUAGCUGUGUUACUGUUGUGGCUCAGGCUUUUUUUCAUGCUCAGAAUAUUCUCCAAGACCUCUUACCUGAUUAGUAUGAUCAUAGCUAUUAUUUCUGAAAUGUUCUACUUUGUGGUGGCUCUGAUCAUUGCUAUCUUCGCGUUCGCGAACACCUUCUUCAUCCUUGGUCGAAACGCUCGAGGAGAUAACGAUAAUUUUGCAGGCUCAAAUGUGUGGGAUGCGUUUAUAUUCUCAUAUAGAAUGGGACUCGGAGAUUUUGAUACUGAUGGGUUCGCAACUAAAGAUGAGGUCCUUGUAUGGAUCUUCUGGUUCCUCAACACUCUUAUAAUUUUGAUCAUCCUUUUGAACUUGGUUAUUGCUAUUAUGGGAGAUACGUUUGAUAGAGUGCAAGAAACUCAAGUUAGCACAAUGCUUCAAGAGUAUUGCCGCAUUAUUAGAGAGAAUGAGUUCUUAAUCAGCAGAAAAACUUUAUUUAAGGAUUCAAAAUAUAUCAUUAUUGUUCAACCUGAAAGAGCAGAGGGUACCAGCACCUCAUGGGAAGGAAAACUGAACCAGCUUAAGAGAUUCUUAGAAGAAUCCUCUAAGAAGCAUGUCUUCCAUCUUAAUAGGCUUGAGAAAAAACUGGAGAGAAUGAUAGAAUCUGGACUUGAAGAUAAGUUGAAACCGCUUGAGGAGAAGAUCAACCUCAAAAUCAGUGCUCUAGAGAACAGACUUCAAAAAUCUAACAAAAUGUUUACGACUUAUCCAGUCAAAGAGCUUCUGGAUACUGUGGCUGAUCUAUAAGUUUUAAGUUGAGUCAUGACAACAUAUUGCAUCCC